UUGUCCUGUCCAGCAUCGAAGCGCAAGCAUAAUGAUUACCUUGAUAACCUAAGUUAAGAAGCUUAUUUUAUUUUAUUUUUGAUGCUUGUUUGUAGAUUAACUUACUCGCGGACAUUUAACUCCAGGCUUCUCACACUCUUUCUCGUCUUUCCCUCUCACAGAGAGACAAAACAAACGCACAUAGUUACAAACGUCAGUCUGUCGUGCGUGCAACGUCAUACGGCCUCGACCAGCAGAAAGAUAGCGGCAGCAGGUGCUAACGGUUACACAUGGAGGAGGAUGAAUUAAUAAAAAAAAAAAACAGCACAGGAUCCAUCGUCUGGCGGUGGUUUGGUUUCAAGAAGGAAGAUGUUGAACAAACAACGGUGAUAUGCAAAAUCUGUCGCAAGAGCAUCGCUUCAAAAUGUAGCAGUACAUCAAAUUUAUAUCACCAUUUGAGAACCCACCCGCUAGAAAAUGAAGAGUGCUUGAAACUCCGCACGACAACAUCUCAGAGCGGUGCAAUAUCAAAGAAAGUGCCUAAGCAACCAGCACAUCAUGCAACUGAGUCUGGCCUCUUCUAUUUCCAGAUCAACGCCGUACGACAAAAACAGUCAAAAACAGAAGGAGAUAACAUGUGCAGUAACCCACCACAUUGCAAAAGACAUGUCCCCGGUUAAUGUUGUUGAAAAGCCCGGGUUCAGAAAGCUCAUCAACACACUUGACCCAAGAUAUAAUCUGCCGGGUCGCAAAUAUUUUGCAGAGAAAGCGCUGCCUGAGUUGUACAUUAAAGUGAGGGAAGAGCUGGCCAGUCAGCUUGUAAAUGUGACCCUCUGUGACUUCUCAACAACUGCCGACAUAUGGAGCAGCCGAACAUGUGAGCCAUACCUCAGUUUCACGGUCCACUAUAUAGACAAUUUGGAGUUGAAAAGCAAGUGCCUUCAGACGAGCUUUCUUCCUGAGGAUCACACAGGCGGGAUCAUCGCACAAGGCCUGCAAGAUGCUCUCAUGUCAUGGAAUUUAAAUGAAGCUCGUCAGGUGUGCAUCACCCCCGAUAACGGCGCUAACAUCGUCAAAGCUGUGAGCCUGAACCACUGGACACGUCUACAGGGUUUUGGCCAUCACCUGCAUCUUGCAAUUGAGAGAGGCAUGAAGGACCCCCGUAUUGACCGUGCUGUUGCUGUGUGCAAGAAGGUAGUGAGCAGCUUCUCUUUCAGUUGGAAGAGGAGGAGAGACCUGGCCACAGCGCAGCAAGAGCUAAAUCUCCCGGCACACCAGCUCAUCAGUGAGUCUCCUACCAGGUGGGGAUCCCGAGAGAAGAUGAUUGAGCAGGAGCAAGCUAUUUCUCAAGUCUUGGCUGCAGACAAGAAAACCCAACAUCUUGUUCUCACCUGGCAAGACCUGGAAGUUCUAGAGUCAGUGCACAAGGCUCUCAAACCUCUCCUGGAAUUCACCGACGCUCUAUCCCAGGGGUGGCCAACCAGUUCAGCAUAAAGCGCCACAAAAAAACACGCACCAUAGCAAAA